GGAUCGCACCACCUCCUGAAAUCCGUGAAGAUGUUUCCUCGAAUGUGCGUUAAUCUGGAUAUGCAUAUACUACAGCCAACCAAAUCUACGGCGCACAUGAGGUCCCUCACCUUACCAUGAUAUUGCAGUUAGCCAAUUAUGAUCCUGCACCUCAAUAUUCGACUAAGGCAGAAGAAGACCGAAAGAAAGAACACCGAAAAGAAAACAAAAGAUGAACAGAUUCUGCAGUCCAUCGCGUUGAGCAGGAAGUCGAUGGAAUGCCAAACAAGAUUGCCAUUAAGAUCCGAUGACAAGUUGAGGACUGAAGGUAUUAAAGCGAAGAAAAAGUCAGAGCCGGCGGCCAAAGCCUCUAACUUUUCUGAUCUGAUUCACCGAGCCGCAUCUUCUUGCUUUCAUCGUCCACCCAACAGAGGGCGCAAAGCAGGACCAGGGUUGGAAGAUAGGAUUGUAUACAAGGAAGGUGAAGUUGAAACAGGUAGCGAAGUGUAUACAGAUGAAGAUGAAUCAGAAGCGGGGCUUAGGGUUUGGGAAGAGAAUACUGAGUUGUUGGUGAGCUUGGAGAGGAUGAAGGAAAUGGAGGUGUUGAUGGGAGAGGUAUUCGAAACGGUGGCCGCUUUGAGGAACGCGUACAAAAGCUUAGAAGAGGCUCAGUGUCCGUGGGAUCCCAAGAAGUUGAAGAUGGCAGACGUGGUGGUAGUGGCGGAGCUGAGGAGACUCAUUAGGUUGAAAGAGGAGUUUCAGAAGAGGUUAAGUAGAGCUGGAAAAGGAGGAUUGCUUGGCCAAGUUUCCCUGCAGGAGGCUAUAGCGCCAUACGAGUCUGCAAUGUGGGAACUUAAGAAACAGGUGGAGACCAGAGAGAGAGAGGUGGAUAACUUGAAGGAGAAGCGGCGCAACGGUGGAAAGAAAGGGAGGUUUCACUCGUUGCAGUCUAAGAGGAAAGUCAGUUGCAUUCAUAGUCAAGUUGGGGUGGCGCCUAGUGUGGAACUGUUCGAAGCAACAAUGAGGCAGGUGAAAGACAAUUAUCAGUCAUUCACGGCGCUCCUCCUCUCCCUCAUGCAGUCCGCUCACUGGGACAUUGCGGCAGCCGUCCGAUCCAUCGAAGCGGCCACCAGCCCAAACACCACUAGCAUCGUCAAAGCUCAUCACGCCAGCUACGCACUGGAGUCCUAUGUGUGCCGGAAAAUGUUUUACGGUUUCGACCACGAGACGUUCUACAUGGACAACAACGUCCCUUCAUUUCUCCACCCCGACCAGUUCCGCCGAGACUGUUUGGCUCAGUUCCAAGAUAUGAAGGCCACGGACCCGGUUGAGCUCCUGAGCAUAUUUCCCACUUGUGGCUUUGGCAAAUUUUGCUCUAUGAAGUUCCUCUCUCUCAUUCACCCCAAGAUGGAGGAGUCUCUGUUCGGACAUUUUGAGCAGCGUCGAGUGAUUUCGACGGGCAAUCACCCGAGGAGUGAGUUUUACGAAGAGUUCUUAGCAAUGGCGAAGGCGGUUUGGUUGCUUCACUUGCUGGCCUUCGCUCUCGAUCCGGCUCCAUGCCAUUUUCAGGCAACCAGAGGAGCUAAAUUUCAUCCUCUGUACAUGGAGAGUGUCAUCGAGUUUUCCGGCCGGCGGGAGCCGCGUGAUUGGAUCGUAGGAUUUCCGGUUACUCCUGGGUUCAAGCUUGGAGACAGUUCGAUCAUAAAGGCUGAGGUGUAUCUUGUCCCCAGAACGUGAUAUCCAGAGACUAGAGUCUAGACAGCUCGGAAUUUGGAACUGGUCCGAUGAUUCAGUGUUGCAUAGGUAACCGGCUCGGGUUUUUGACUCGGCUCGACAAGGUGGAAAGUAGAGUCAACUAGGGAGUCAGUGAGUUGACUCAGGAAGUGAGAAGUCAUGUUACAAAUUAUUAUAGAUUAUGUUAUACUUUUUCCUACUGUAGCAGAACUCUAGGUAGUAGGAGUUUCUAUAAAUUAUGCUUAGAGGGAAACUAGGGGUGAGCAUGAAUUGGUUAACUUUAGUUUGGAGGUAAAACCUGAAAUCCUAAAAAUUAGGGGUGAGCAUUAAUUGGUUAAGUUUAGUUUGAAGGUAAAAUCUGAAAUUUAACCUUUCAAGGUUCUAGGGUCUAUUUGUAGAACUUUUUCAUCAUCCAAAAAAUGGAAUAUGUUCUUU